CACUUAUCAACAAUAUUCUUAUUUAUUAAUAUUUUUAUACAUUUCUAAAAUAUUAUUAAAAUUUAAUUCUUAUUUUUUUCAUUUAAAAGUUAAUAAUUUACAGAUAUAUCUGACAGUGUAAAUCAAUUAUCUGAUACGCUAAAUUUCAACAAGUUAUACAAACCAUUAAUGUAAUAGAGCAAACAUGGAGCAGUCUGUAUUAGAUGAAGUUUCACAACUGUAAGAUAAUAUUGUUAAAUAAAGUAAAAAGUAAAAAUUAGUACCUGUUACUUAUUUAAUAAUAAUAAACUUAUAAAUAAAUAAAUAAAUAAAUAAAUAAAUAAAUAAAUAAAUGACUGUUUUUAAUUUUUAAUCUAAAACCGGUCAUACAAUACACAUUUCAUAAUACUCCAGGCAAUGCAUUUAUUUAUUUAUAUAUUUAUUUACAAGUAUUAAACAUCUAAUAAUAUUAUUUUUGCUUUAUUAUUUUAUUAAUAAUAAUACCUAAUUAUCUAUACAUACAUUUACUUUUUAUGAUAUAGUUCUACUGGAUUAAGUUAUUGUUUUACCAAAGAAGAUAUUGUGUGACAGAAAUAUACUUACGUAACUAGCAAUUAAAAUGGAAUAUAUGAAAAAUCUAUUUGUGUAAUAAUACAACAUUAUAAAAACUAGCAAACUUUAUUGUUAAAGGUCGAAAUUAUAUGCACUAAAAACGUACAAAAUAUGUAUUAAUAUGUAUAAAUUAAUUAUGCACUUAUUUUUAUUCAAUUAUGCAAACAAAUUAUAUUCAUUUAUUCAGUUUAAAAUUAUAUCAUAAAGUUGUAUUCAAAUAUUUUCUAUAUUUUAAAACAUAUUUACAAAUAAAUAAUUUUAAUUUUGGUAUUUUAAUAUCAACAAUAUUUUGUGAAAUGGGCAUCUAUCAAAUUUCAUAAUAAUAUUAAAAAUGGAGAACAAUAAAAUUACUUGUACACUAAGUAUACAUGCAUUGAAUGUGGUAUACGCAUUUUAACAAAUCAGUGUUAAUUUAAUUAUAUUUUAAAAGAGCACCUGAAUAUCUUUUAGUUGAUAUUAUCAGCUUAAUUUUCUGUAUUUAAAUAUGCCCUGUUACCAGUUUAUGCUCAUAAUUUUUCUGAUUUUUUUGAUACCAAAAUUCGAUUUUUAGUGUUAUGCACUGAACACUCUUUUAACAAAACACUAUUGAUAUGAAACUUAAAAUACGGUAUUACAGAACUAAAUCAUUACUAGUUUCUCAUUAUUGGGGAUUAUCUUUGUGGUACUUAUGACAAACUUCAUCUUAUUAUAUGGUGAGCUCAUUGAUAAACAUAUAUCAAUUGGCAUUUGGUUUAUAGGUUGAGUUGAUACAUGGGUAAAUAUAAAUUUAAAAAAACCCAAAAUUUAAAUAUGUCCUUAGUUAGAUAUUAGUACUAAUUAACUUAAUACUAUUUUUUUUACAAAUAUUUGCAUAUUUUUAAAAAAUGAUGAAAUAAUCAAAAAUGUUCCAAAUAUGAAAAAUCAAUUUAUACAUACCAUCAUAUUAGGCUAAGAUUCAAGGUUGUGUCUUACCUAGGUUUUAAUGUAAUAAAUAAAAAUAUGCAAAUGCAUACAAUUCCAGGCUCUAUUUAUUAUUGAUAAAUAAUAAGUUUUAAGUCUUAAACUAUAGAAUCUAUUUUAUAUAUCAAUUAACUGUAUAUUAUUAUAUAAAUUAUAAUUUUUAUAAUUAGACAAUCAGAACAUAAUGUUGUUGGUGUUUUGGUAUCAGACAACAGAGGUUUAUGUAUUUUCUGUAAGUGUACAAUUUAACGCUAUUUUUAAAAUAUUUAUUAUUUAAAUUUUUUCAUUAUUUAAAAAUUAAGCCUCAGGAGGAGUGAAAUCAGAUGUUAGUGGACAUAUUACAUUUAUUGCAAAUCAUAUAUCAAAACUAGAUACAAAUGAACCAUAUCCAACAAUUGUAUUGAAAUCUGACAACAAGUAUGUAUUUAAUAGAUUUAAUAACAUUUAACAAAAUAUAUUUAUCAACAAAAAUUAUUAUUACCGUAAUCAUUAUCCCAUCUUAACUAGUAAGAUCCAAAAAAUGAUUUACUUUUAAGUUUAAAUUAAAUUAAUUUCAUGUUUGUCAUAAAUAAGAUAUGUUUUCUAGUUAUUUUUCACCUUUUUUCUCAACUUUAUUUAAGAUUACUCUAAUCCUUAUUUCUCAAUUUUCACUUAGCUUGAUUAUCAACAUUCUCUUAAAAUACACCAUUUAAUUUCAUUAUCAAAUCACUUUUUAACCUCUGUUUCCUUUUACAUUGAUUGCCUUUACCAUUUAUGUUAAUUAUUAGUUCUACUCCUAUUCUACCUACUUAUUAUACUAAUUAUAUCUUAAUUAGUCUUUCUUAGUUACUCCUUGUUUCUUUUUUAUAUUUUACCCUAACUUUUCAAUUUUUCCUGACUUCUACUUACCUUGCUGACCUCAAAACUGCCUUACAAAAUAUAUUUUUUACAUUUUAAUUAAAUACUUCAGAUAUCUCAUUCAAAGUUGAUUAAUCCAUCUUGAUCUGUGUAAUAUAUUAUCAAUAAUAAUUUUAAAUUUGUUUCAGGUCUUGUUUAAUAAAAGGUUGUGAAAAUUCCUGCGUAUCUGUGUUAUAUGAGAAUAAACAAUAAUGUUAUUAUUUUAAAAAACCUGUUUAAUUUAAUGUGCUAAAAAUUUAUAUAAAUAUAUGAUUAUAUGUGUUAUAUGAGAAUAAACAGUAAUGUUAUUAUUUUAAAAAACCUGUUUAAUUUAAUGUGCUAAAAAUUUAUAUAAAUAAAUGGUUUUAAUUAUACUGCUGUUUAAAUAAUAACUUUAAUUUUUUCUAUCUAAUAUAUUUAAAAUUUGUUCUGGGAAGAAAGUUAUGAAGUCUAGAAUUUUUACCUAUUAUAAUAUACUGUCUUAAUAUUUUUAAGUAUUCUAAAUAGUAAUUAUUCUGCUAUUUUUUAAUACUGAUAAGAAUAAAAACCUACCGCAAAAUACUAAAAAUAUCCUAAGAUAUCUAAGUCUUGUGGUCUGUGAUCGACAAUAAAAAAAUAUAGUGAGAGUGAGCUUGUGGUUAUGGCUUCAUCUAUGGUUAAAGAUGCGCAAAAGAUAUAGAUAUUAUCGAUAUAUCGAUAUUGUGACC